AUGAUGAAGGUGCUGGUGGGCAAAUUCCAAACUCAAGGCUUCAAAGCGGGAAUCCACAAACCAAUUGUUGUGGCAGCAGAACCGCUGGUCCAAGGCCUGAGAAAACUCCCUGAAGAUAUCGACUGGUCCUACUCAGGUGCCCUGAACCAGCGUAACUGGGGUAAGAAGUAUCCGUCCUGCAACAGUGCCAGGCAAUCUCCUGUGGACAUCGACGAGACGUUUACUCAGGUCAGGCUGCAGUACCAGAACCUACAACUAGAGGGCUGGGACAAACUGACAGCAGAGUCCACCACCAUCCACAACAACGGGAAGACUGUGUCCAUCGAUGUGGAUGGGGAGUUCUUUGUGAGUGGAGGAGGACUGAGCUCCAGGUUUCGUGUCAGUAGAGUCACCUUCCACUGGGGACGCUGCAAUGCAACGUCAGAUGGGUCUGAACACAGUCUGAAUGGGAUGAAAUACCCUCUGGAGAUGCAGAUCUACUGUUACGAUCCAGAUGACUUCCAAAGUCUGGAUGAUGCUAUAAAGGAAGGAGGGAGGGUGGCUGCCUUGGCUGUGCUCUUUGAGAUUAGCCUGGAAGAUAAUGAGAACUUCACACCUGUUCUAGAGGCCAUCGACACUGUCAGCAGGUUUGGUAAGAGUGGAUCAGUGGAGGCGUUCAGCUUGAGGUCCUUGCUGCCUAAUAACACAGAUAAAUACUACAUAUACAACGGAUCACUGACUGCUCCUCCCUGCUCUGAAAUGGUGGAAUGGAUCGUCUUUAAACACACUGUGGCCAUAUCAGAAACACAGCUGGAGGUGUUUUGUGAGGUGAUGACCAUGGAGCAGGCUGGUUACGUGAUGCUGACGGAUUACCUGCAGAACAACUUCCGUGAGCAGCAGCAGCAGUUCAUGGGUCAGGUGUUUGCUUCCUACACCGGAGUCGAGGACGUGCUCACACCCACCUGCAGCUCAGAGCCAGAAAACGUUCAGGCUGAUGCCCAGAACGACACCACCAUUGUGGUGACGUGGGAGCGUCCUCGUGUGGUUUACGACACCACCAUCGACUGGUACACCGUCACCUACCAGAGGCUGCAGGGCCGAGACCAGAUCAAGCAGGAGUACAGGACUGAUGGAGACCAGGACGUGGGCGCCAUCAUCUCCAGCCUGCUGGCCAACAGCAGCUAUGUGGUUCAGGUGGUGGCUUUUUGCACCAACGGACUCAGAGGACGAUGGAGCGACCAGAUUAUAGUGGACAUGCCGUUAGAAGACCCUGAAAGUGAGUCCGACCCUGAUCCCGUCACGAAGGAUUUUGAAGGCAACAGGGAGGUCUUAUCUGUAUCCAAAUGGGAGAAGCCAGACAACCAGAAUAAAGUGGAUGUGACUCCAGAGGACCACAGUCCAGUGGAAGAGAUCCCAGUGGAGCAGACCAGAGUUUACCAGAACCAGCCUUCACACCACGAGGACCUGUACGUAGAUCAGGCUGAAGUAAACCCGAACGUCCCGGUCCAGGUCGGCACCCGCUCGACCCCAAAGACUCCCUCUGACUCUGUAGUUCUACAGAACGUGAGAAAGAAGCCAGACCCUAAGAAGUCUCAGACUGAUGAUGAUACGGAUCUGAACUGGAUCGAUGGGGACGAGGUGAACCCAACACAACGGCCCUUCACAAAGCCGGGUUUUGAUGGCAAUGGGGCCAUCUGGGUAACUGAGGUAACUGAGCAGCCGGGAUUCCUGUUUCCGGUUGCUCGGACGACCGCUCUGCCAGCAGUCCGUCGGCAAAUCACAGAGGAGGCAUCGUUGUCAGUGUUGUCACAUCAGUCGAGGGACCACGGUCCAGCAGACCAAGCCGGGGAAAAUGGCCUCCCUUCUCCGCAGUCGGACCUCUAUACUCCUGUGGAGGACAUCCAAGUCACAGAUGUCUUCUAUGAAGACACAGUGAACAGCUCUCCACUGGAACCCAUCAGCUCCACUCCAACAGUGUCUGGUUCUGUGGUGCCAGGUGAUAAAGAAGACGAAGGCUCCCUGUCGUCCUCUGAAGACAGCGAUGCCCCUGUGAUCAAACCCUUACAAAAAACCAUCACCUCAGUGUCCUCCACCCCCUCCUCUCCCUGGAUCACGGAAAAGACAGCGACUGCCAGCAACACACUUGCCAAUUCAGUCUACAAAACAUUCACCACCUCCUCUCUGCUCAGAGUGCUGAUGCAUACGACUCAGCCCAUGUUCAAUGCAAAUACACCUACAUCCAGAGUUGAGGACUCAACUAUUGAUCAGUCUUCUGGCUUCACAAACUCUCAAAACGCCCUAAGUGGAAUGAUCAUCAACACUGCCAACCCGGCACUCCCUGUCCCUGAAGGGACAUUUUCUGCUGAAGGAGAUUUAUUCAGUGUCACACCUCCAUCACUCAUGCCCUUGGAUGAAUACAGCAACAGUUUCCGUCCUUCUCCUGCCCUCCAGGAAAACAAAAAGAGCGGUGUUAUCUUUCAUCAUGAUGACGAGCCCUCUGAAGAACCCUCUUUUGUCCCUUUACAGAUGGACUUAGAAGACCCUCAAAUCUCUACUACUUUGGAUUCUCAGGAUCAGUUAAUCGCUACAUACUCUCUCACUUUGCUUCCUGAUUAUGGCUCAAGUACCAUCAACUUAUCAAAAACAGACACUGUUGAAGAAGAUAACUCAAAUACCUCUUUUACUGAAAGUGACAGCAGGAUUCAAGAUGAUCUAAACAUCUUGUCGCAUCACGGCAAUGAAGUGGAAGCCAGAGUGGACAGACAUAAAGACGGCUACACCCUCAGUUCAGUCACAUCUUUCUUUGAUUCUAAAGAUUUGGAUUUGUUGGACAGUCCAACAGAAGGCAGUGGAUCAGGCUCUGGCCUUGACAACAAGAGGCUCAAUCAGAAAUUGGAUGAAGCUGCUACGGUUCAAACCGAAUAUUCUACUUUUGCAAGCUCUGGUCUUAGAUAUAAAGUGGCUAGCACAAGAGGAAAGAGCAGAGCACCACAAACUAAACUUGCCACUGAAAGAGAGAAUGACACAGAUGAAGCACGAAGGAAAAUUGGUGUCAAGACAGAGUGUGAAACAGAUUCAGAGAAAGAAAUAGAAGUGAAUGAAAGUGAGCUAAGUGGUGAGGGAGAAGAAAAGACAGGAGGAGAAGGAGUAAACGACACAGGGAAUCAGACAGUGAACAAAGUGGACAGGGAAGCAAAUGAGAGCGUUAGACAGCUCAAUGGCACAGCAGGCUGCAACCUGCAGAAAGAAAAAGAGAAACAAACUGAGGUUGUAGUUAGGACAGUGUUUAGUGAGAGUGGCAGUGGGGCUGAGGGUGGUAGUGGUUCUGGAGAGCACGGUGAUUUUGAUGUCAAAGAAAAUCCAAAAGAAGUUAAUGAUGAUAAAGAAGGUUUCAAAGCUGUAGGUGAAAAUGAAUCUGGCGACAGAGAUAAUAGGAGGGAUUACAGCAGUGAAGAAUUAGUAUCUGAAAGAAGACGUGGUCUGCAGCAGCCUGUCGGUAGAAAUAAACCCACAGCAGAGUCCUCAGUGUUUGACAGCAGCAAACAGCAUGGCCAUGGUGGCAGUCAUGAUGAAGAAGAUGAAAACACAAGUCUUGACAGUCCAGUUUUUAGUGUCAUGUCCACUCUGGAGGAUAACAAGGACAGAGGUGAAAACAGAAAUGGAGGCCGAGAGAGUGAAGAAUAUGUACAAGGAGGUGCGACAGACAGUUUACAGGAGUUCUCAGGUGUGGAUGGGUUGUUGUUUGAUGCUGCAAGAAGCACUGUGUUGGGGCGUCUUGUUCCUCUGCACAGACUGACAGAUGUCAACAAGGCAACAGAUCAACAACUGCAAGAGGGCAGCAACAGCAGCCACGAGUCUCGGGUUGGGCUCGUUGAAGGUGUGGAGAGGGAGAAGAGGACAGUUAUUCCUCUGGCUGUCGUCUCCACUCUCACCAUCCUUUGUCUGCUGGUACUGGUGGGCAUACUCAUCUACUGGAGAAACUGUUUCCAGGCAGCUAAUUUCUACCCAGACGAUAGCGCAUCACCUAAAGUGCUGUCUGCUCCGUCUACACCCCUGCUGCUGGCCACAGACGGUCACGAGCCACUGACGGUGAAGCAGUUUGUGAAGCAUGUCAUGGAGCUCCACACCACCAACACUUUCUCCAAGGAGUUUGAGAUUGUCAAAGAGUCCUACGAGGAGGUGCAGGCGUGUACAGUUGAUAUGGGCAUCACCACCGACAGCUCCAAUCACCCCGACAACAAAAGCAAGAACCGCUACAUCAACAUACUGGCCUAUGACCACAGUAGAGUGAAGCUCUCCAACAGUUUGGACAGAGAUGGGAAAUGCGGAGACUACAUCAAUGCCAACUUUGUAGAUGGUUAUGAGCGAACGAGGGCGUACAUCGCAGCCCAGGGGCCUCUGAGAGCCGGCAGGGAAGACUUCUGGAGGAUGAUCUGGCAGCAGAACAUUGGAGUUAUUGUCAUGAUCACCAAUCUCAAGGAGAAAGGAAGGACAAAAUGUGACCAGUACUGGCCAGAGGAGAACCAAGAGGAAUACGGCCCUUACCAGGUGACCCUGAAAAACACCAAGACACUUGCUUACUACACACUGCGGACGUUCACUGUCAGGGACACCACAAAUAAGGUGUCUCAAAGGAAAGUUGAACACACAGUCCUCCAUUACCACUACACCCAGUGGCCAGACAUGGGUGUCCCUGAAUACACUCUGCCUGUCCUGUCCUUCAUCAGAGCAUCCUCUCGGGCCCGGACCCAAGAGAUGGGACCUGUCUUGGUACACUGCAGCGCUGGUGUAGGACGGACAGGAACCUACAUAGUGAUUGACAGCAUGCUUCAGCAGAUCCAGGAUCAAGGGACAGUAAAUGUUCUUGGCUUCCUGAAACAUGUCCGGACACAGAGGAACUUCCUGGUUCAGACGGAGGAGCAGUAUGUGUUCAUCCAUGAUGCUCUGGUGGAGGCUGUCCUGAGCCGGGACACCUUGGUGACCUCUGACGUCCUCCACACUUACGUGUCGGACCUCCUGACCCCCGGGGCGACAGGCAGGACACGCAUGGACAAGCAAUUCAAGUUAAUUAGUCAGCGUCAGGCGAAGCACGCCGACUACAGCACUGCCCUGAAAGAUGGCAACGCUGAGAGGAACAGAGCCAGAGCUCUGAUGCCUGUGGAGAGAUCAAGAGUCUGUCUGACCGCUUCAGAAACAAACUCCACAGGCUACAUCAAUGCCUCUUACGUGAUGGGACACCACUACUGUAAGGAGUUCAUAGUGAGCCAGACUCCUCUGAGCAGCACGGUGGCUGAUUUCUGGAGGCUUAUCUGGGAACACAACACACAAACUGUUGUCCGUCUGCCAGACACACACAAUCAGGUUGAAGAGGGGGAGUGUUGUGUCUAUUGGCCCAGUAAAGACCAGCCAAUGAGCUUUGAUGGUUUCACGGUGUUGUACUCUGGGGAGGAGCACGUAUGUCUCUCCAAUGACGAGAAACUUUUGGUGCAGGACUUCACAGUGGAGUCUCCACAGAGUAAUUACGUGUUGGAGGUGCGUCAGUACAGCGCUGCCUGCUGGCCAAACCCAGACAGUCCCAUCAGAAACAGUUUUGAUCUCGUCAACACAGUCAAAGAGCACAGCAGACACACACAGGGACCCGCAGUCAUACAUGAUCCUUUGGGAGGUGCUACAUCAGGGCUGUUCUGCGCUCUCACCACGCUGUCCAGUCAGCUGGAGGAGGAGGGAGCUGUAGACGUCUAUCAGGUGGCUCGGAUGACCAACCUCAUGAGGCCUGGGGUAUUUAAUGAUGUUGAGCAGUACCAGUAUCUGUACCGAGCUGUGCUGAGCCUGGUGAGCAGCCAGGAGGACCAGAGAGCCCUGCAGAGUCCAGAGACCAAUGGAUCUGUACCACUGGGGCAGACCAACAUCGCAGAGAGCCUGGAGUCGCUCAUGUAG